CAACUAAUGUUUUAACCUCUCUCUAUAUAAGGGACAUACCUUACCUCCAAGAGUGACUGAGCUGUUUGGAUCCUUAAAAAGUUCCGUACUCUGCCUUUAUCUCAUCCAUAGCUUCAAGCUAGCAGAGAUGUUGAAAGUUCAGUUGCUCCGGUCUGUAUCUACCCAAUCCCUACUACUGUUACCCAACCCCUUCCUCUCAGGCCAUUGGAAUGAACCGUUUACCAUCUGGCCGAGGCAUACUCUCUUUGAAAAACAGAACUAUAGCACUCAACCUAACCCAGCUCCUGUCGAUACUAAACCAGUUCCUGACCCAACUGAGGUUCCUUUUAGCAGAAAGAGUACUUUCCCACCGGGUUUCUUUUUUGGGACGGCGUCAUCAGCAUACCAGUCUGAAGGUGCAGCUUUUAAGUAUGGAAAAGGAGAAAGUAAUUGGGAUCAUUUCACUCACACAUGUCCAGAGAAAAUAAAGGACCGAAGCAAUGGAGACUCUGCUGUGGAUGCCUAUCACAACUAUGAGGAUCACGUAACUACAAUGAAGGAACUGGGGCUGAAUGCUUACAAAUUCUCUAUUGCAUGGACCAGACUAUUUCCCAAUGGAAAGAAAAGCAAGGGAGUGAACGAUCAAGGCAUCCAGUUUUACAAGAACCUCAUCAAAGAGCUUAAAUCCAAAGGUAUUGAGCCCAUUGUGACUUUAUUUCACUGGGAUGUUCCCCAAGCUCUAGAGGAUGAAUAUCAUGGUUUCUUGAGUGAUAAGAUAAUAAAUGAUUUCAAGGACUACGCUGAGGCCUGCUAUGAAGCAUUCGGUGAUGAAGUGAAGUAUUGGAUAACCUUGAAUGAGCCAUGGACAUUCACUACUGGAGGGUAUGUGAAGGGAACCUUCCCACCUGGCAAAACAGAUAAUGCAGGGGCCGAUCCAUAUAAAGUUGCUCACAACCUGCUCCUUGCUCAUUCAGUUGCAGUCAAAAUUUACAGGGACAAGUAUCAGGCAAAUCAAAAGGGGAAGAUUGGAAUCACUCUAAAUGACAUUUGCAUGGUUCCCUACUCUGAUAACCCAGAUGAUAAGCUAGCUGCUCAACGAGCUUCCGAUUUCAUUCUUGGAUGGUUUAUGGAUCCUAUUACCAAAGGUGAAUAUCCACAAUCCAUGCAAGUUCAAAUCGCACAACGGCUGCCAGAAUUUCCUAAGGAGGAGGCUGAAAUUUUAAAGGGAUCAUAUGAUUUCCUUGGAUUAAACUACCAUACUUCAAAUUACGCUCAAGCUAUUCUCUCCGCUGGAGUUCCACCUCCUAAUGGCAACCCAAGCUAUUCCACUGAUUCUCGUUGUCAUCUGACAACUCAACGGAACGGAAUCCACAUUGGUGCACAGACUGCUUCAAGGUGGCAUUUCAUCUAUCCGAAGGGACUGGAGGACACUCUUACUUACAUAAAGGAUAGAUACAAGAAUCCUGAUAUUUUUGUCACAGGGAAUGGAACUACAGAUGAUAACAACCCCAUGGGAGAACCUCUCAAUGAUGAAAAUAGAAUAGAUGCCUUGCGUGAUCAUCUGAAGUCCCUUCAGAGUGCCAUGAAGGCAAAUGUGAAUGUGAAGGGAUUCUUCCUAGCCUCGUUGUAUGACACCUUCCAAUGGGAUUCUGGAUACACAGCCCGCUUUGGUAUCUACCAUGUGAAUUUCAAGGAUGGGCUGGCUUCAUGCCCAAAGAAUUCAGCACAUUGGUUGAAGAAAUUCCUUAAAGACUAGACUGAAUGAAACUUCAACACAUAAAAAAUAUUGGAGGAUCCUUUCCUUUCAACCAUAUCUAUCAUAUUAUCUAUGGUGAUCUACUGAUUUUUGUUUUGUUUAGCUUUGGUUUUUCCUUAAGUUUUAGGUUGUUUAUCUUGAAUGAACAUGGGUCUUGAAAGAUGAUUUAGUUUGCUUGAUGUCCUA